CGAAGGACUGAGGAAGGCGGAUGGACGCGCGUGCCGACAGCAAGGCGACGGCGCCGCUGCCGCCCACGCACCACGCGGCGCGCGCCCGCCCGGACGACCACCUCACGCCACAGAUCUGCGUCUCGCCGACGCUCCGGGUGGCGAGGUGCGCGCAUGUCCAAGGGCAUGUGGUGGCAGAGACGGAAGUGGCGCUCCAACCGGGUUACAGGGACAUGCAGCCUCCUCGAACCACGGACUUCAGCAUCGCUCGACUGCUGGCCGCGGACGACCCCAUCCCCUUGGCCGCCAACCCAGCGGCUGCGACGGCGCCGAGCGGGGAGUCGGAGGCGACCGACCAGCGACACGCGACCCCGCCGCACGAGUACGAGUGGCUCAGGUGUAGCCGCUACCAACCACCGCGUUUACCGCGAACCCGGCGACGAGCGGGCGCCCUCCAGCGGCGGGCAGGCCGCCUGCCGCGCAUCCCUUUCACCCCUGAGCAACUGGCGACGAUGGAGGCGGCGUUCGCCAGCGACCACUACCUGCGAGCAACGCGCGCCGCGGAGCUCGCUGCCGCCAUGAAACUGCCGCCGCUCAAAGUAAAAGUUUGGUUUCAAAAUCGUCGAGCUCGACAGAAACGAGAAGAGAAAAUCCUCAGUGUAUCAUCGCCUCAACAAGACCUCCGUUGCUCAUCGAGGCUACAAAUACAAUAAUCACGCCCUCAACAACAGGGUAGUCACAUUUAACAUAACCAGGGACCUCUAUCGUGAGCUAUCUACUUCGCCCAUGAUUUGAUGUUAGCUUAAAAUAUUAUAUGUAUUUUGACAUCUUGAAUCAUUAACACAAGAAAUUGUAUUUGGACUGAUAGAUGCGAAAAUCUGAUGUAUUUUCACAGUGCAUUUGCUUUACAUUAUGUACUAUUACUACGCGUUCAUUUCCACUUGUGUAUGCUGAUUUGGCAAUUGGAGUCAUAAU